UCAUGUGUCGUGUGUGUCAGUCAAGUCUGUGGAUUUCAUGGUGGAUUGUGGAAUGAAAGUACCUACGGUUUCGGCUUGUUAAAAAUAAGAAAUUGUUAUCUGUGUUUAUAUAGGUGUUGGAAAUUUUAAAUUAACUAUUAUGACUAAUUUUGGAGAAAUUGUAGAACCUGUAACUCGCACCGCAUGGGAAGACUGGGAUGAAGUAACACCUGAGCGCAGUUUUCCUGAAUUAAAAUGGCAGAAAGAUUUAGAGAGUCCUGGCGAUAUCGACACAAUAUUUAUAUUAGAAGGAAAAUACUUAGCCGACUGUAUAAAAAUGCAAUCAAGUAACCUGGAACUUGUGAAUACAAUUCCAGAAGUAAGUUUGCAGUUAUACAAGUCUAGAACCGUCAAUAAAUAUAUAUGUACAAUUAAAGAUUACAAUGUGGUGUUGAGCAGUGAGAUUGUGGAAUUAUUGAGGCAGUAUCUCAUUGUAAGCGUAAAUGUUAUAGCUAUACAAACAAAGCCACUGUCGGACUAUCAAGCAAUGGAGCUCUCUGGACAAGAUUGUAUUAUCAGAGCAGUAUCUACAACCAAAAGAAUACAACUGAAUCUAAAAUAUCCAAAAUUAGAACAACCCAACAUUGUAUCCGGAGUUUCAGCAGGAGUGAUCAGCCUGAGGGAACAUCUAAAUGAAGCUGGAUUGGCUUUAUUAUGUUACAUGGAACACCCAGAAGAAUUUCAAAUCGAGGAAAUGGAAAAACUUUUGGAUAAACUGAACAUUUCACAAAAUUCUAAUGCAAGGCCUAGCUCCGUGUUAAAUUCCAAUUUGUAUAUUUAAAUGGUAUUUUAUUAAUGGUUUGAAUAUAUAUUUUUAAAUUUUAAAA